AGUGUCCAGGGACAUGAAACUCAAUCCGCAGCAAGCUCCGUUGUAUGGUCAUUGUGUUGUCACCGUGCAGCUCGCCGACGAGGAGCUGGCUGAGGAAGAUGAGGGGGUGGACUACUUCCUGCUGUUUGCCGGGAGCACGCAGAGACACCUGACCAGCACCCUGAGGAGCAGCCAUGACACCCUGCAGGCGCUGUGUCCCGCCCACAACUGCUGCGAGGUCGUGCUGGUCACCUUGUGUUCGGCCACCCGAGACGCGUCCGAGUCCAGCGCGGGUGACGUGGCUCCGCUGGCCGAGCAUCGAUUCAGCUUUGUGCAGGAUUUGGCCUUCGACAUGGCCCAGUUCCUGGUGAGCACGGCGGGCCGGGCCGACGGCCUGGACGGGGCUCUGCUGCUGGACGAGUGUCAGAUUCCCCUGCAGGAGUGCGAGCGGCUGGACGAGAGCCUGGCGCUGGCGCUGACCCACCUGGCGCUGCCGCCGGGCUGGAGCCUGCUAGGGAUCAAGCGGAGCAGCAGCACCGACCCGGUUCCCCAGGAGACGCUGCUGCACUUCUCGGCCCGCCGGGGUCUCUCUCGGGUCACGCGCUUCCUGCUGCGGCAGCCCGGAGCCAAGGAAGCCCUCCGAUUGGCCAACAGGGAGGGCCACACCCCGUCCACCAUCGCGGCCUCCCGAGGGCACGGACGCCUCCUGGAGUUUCUCACCAAGGCCGAGGCGGCCGAGGACGGGGGGACUGACACGGCCCAGCUGAACUCCGCAGACGCCCGGGUGUCCUGCCACCUCCCCACCCUGAACACGCACACGCUGACGGUGAACGUCCCGCCGGACUGCCAGGUCCCCACCCUGCAGAAGAGCGUGGAGCAGCUGCUGCACCUGGUGUGCCACCUCCAUGAACGGGGAGGUUCUGUGCUGGAGCUGCCGCUGGACUCUCUUCACACCGCCCAGGAAUGUUGUGACGGUGUGAAAACAGACCUGACCUGUCGGGAGCAGCUCCGAGAGCCGGCCCCAGACCCGUCGGAGGACCCGGAGGACCCGGGGACGACAGCUGAGGGCAGCGCGGGCCAAAGCAGCGCCGGGGAAAGAAGUGCCAACACUGUGGACUGUGGACGUGGUGGGAGUGGGAAUGCAGAGACUGACGCUCCGGUUUCAGAAACCCACCCCCAGGAGCUCGGCCCCGGCCCCCCGGAGGACCGGGUGGGUCCCGGUUCCAGCGCGGAGGCCGAGGAGGGAGAGGAGGGGAGAGGGGAGAGUCUGAGCCCGUCGGCUGAGGAGGGGAGGGAGAGUCUGAGCCCGUCAGCGCAGGCCGAGGCCGAGGGGGGAAGAGCCGCCCAGGGAAUCCCAGCAGCGGCCGAGGAAGCUGAGAUCCGGGAAGCACGGGGUUCGGAGCAGGAAGCAGACGACGGCUCGGCCAGGAAGAGGGAGGAAACCCCCGGCUCUGAGGUCACAGAUCUGACCCAGGCUCCAGGGAUGGGCCAGUCUCCGUCGUUGGGGGGCUCGGAGGCCUCGGAGGGGUCGGAGAGCCGUCAGGACGGAGAGGACGUCAGCGAGGAGGUGACACGACUCCUGCAGGAGAUCUGUGACCGACUCUCUCUGGACGGAGGGUUAACGGAGCGGGAGGGGUUAACGGAUCAAACCUCCGCCCCCGGCGACCCCCCCGGCCCAACGCCGCCGCUGAUAGGCUGCGCUGACGUCACGGAGGAGCCUGGAUCUGCUCCUCCGUGUCUCCUGAUCGGCCUCGGCCAGGGGGAACCUCCGCCAGACACAAACAGCCCAGAACAAAACCAGGAAACAGCUGCCGGGGAUUACGGGGACGAGCAGCGCCGGGACGCGGCUCCGCCGGCCGAAGCCGAAGCGGCGAGCGCCGAGGAGCCGGCUGGUGUCGGAGGAACCGCUUCUCCCAAGGACGAUCCCGAGAGUGUGGAGUUCCUGACCGCUCCCAACUCCGAGCAGGACGCGCCGCCGGACCGGUGCGACUCUGAGCCGUCGCCCGGGGAGGAAACCGCUAGACGACGGCCGGACGAGAGCGACUCUGAGCCGUCGGUUAAACGACAGCCGGACCAGAGCGACUCUGAGCCGUCGGUUAAACGACAGCCGGACCAGAGCGACUCUGAGCCGUCGGUUAAACGACAGCCGGACCAGAGCGACUCCGAGCCACGACGGCCGGACCAGAGCGACUCUGAGCCGCGACAGCCGGACCAGAGCGACUCUGAGCCGUCACCUGAAGCCGCCGCCGCUCCACCAGAGGCCGACCCGGACUCGACUGACCCGGACUCGGCCGACCCGGACUCGGCCAUGGCCCACGGCUCCUCCAGCGACGACGACGGCAGCUUCCGCUCUUUCGGCAGCUCCUCCACGGAGAUAUUCCACCACGCUCAGGACGAGGAUCGAGACCCGCUCCAGACGGAGACGGCAGAGCUGGACCCGCCUGAUCCCAAACCCGCCCAGAGCCACGGUCGUCCAAGAGGUGAGGAGGAGCGGGUUCCUGUGGACGAGCGGGUUCCUGUGGACGAGCGGGUUCCUGUGGACGAGCGGGUUCCUGUGGACGGCAGCCGGGAUGGUACCCAACCCACACCCCCCCAGACCGGGGGGGACGGGAACCCUGAGUCUGCGCAGGAACUUUCCAGAGAGGAUCCAUCACCAGGUCCGGUGUCGUCGGUGAGCGAAGGCUCUCCAGGUGAAGCUGGAGACCCGUGUGUGGAGACAGACGGGUCCACGUCGGCGGUCCCGCCUGUCCCAGACCAGCCUGAGGAAGAGGAGGAUACGCUGGUAGAGACCAGGACUGAGGAAGAGGAAACGCUGGUAGAGACCAGGACUGAGGAAGAGGAUACGCUGGUAGAGACCAGGACUGACGAAGAGAAUACGCUGGUAGAGACCAGGACUGAGGAAGAGGAUACGCUGGUAGAGACCAGGACUGAGGAAGAGGAAACGCUGGUAGAGACCAGGACUGAGGAAGAGGAUACGCUGGUAGAGACCAGGACUGAGGAAGAGGAUACGCUGGUAGAGACCAGGACUGAGGAAGAGGAUACGCUGGUAGAGACCAGGACUGAGGAAGAGGAUACGCUGGUAGAGACCAGGACUGAGGAAGAGGAUACGCUGGUAGAGACCAGGACUGAGGAAGAGAAUACGCUGGUAGAGACCAGGACUGACGAAGAGAAAACGCUGGUAGAGACCAGGACUGAGGAAGAGAAUACGCUGGUAGAGACCAGGACUGAGGAAGAGGAUACGCUGGUAGAGACCAGUGACUCUCCCGUAACGGCGGCGGCAGCCGAGGAAAAUCAAAACGUGCAAUUUGCGCUACAACAACUUGAACCGGAGGACUCUGGGAAAACGGUAGAAGAAGAGUCGGCGGGGAAUCUCCUCGCCGUCUCCUCACCACGAGACGCUCACAGAAACGAUGGAGGUUCUCCAGCAGCGGAGCCGCUCGCCGACGUCAGCAAGGACGUGUUUGUUGAUCCUCCAACCGAGGACGGGACGGCUGAGAGUCCACGGACUCACGACGGAGUGGACGGAGCCCCGGCCAGCGGCGGCAAAACCCCAGAGAUGAAUGCUGACGCGUCUGGAAACGCGGUGAAUGAUGUGGGACAGGAAGAGAACGGCCCGUCGGAGGGAACACAACUCUCCAAGAUCCACCGAGACAGAGAGGCGUCGUUCCAUCAGCCCUGCAGCGCUCAGCACUCGGGAUGCCCGGCGUCCCCGGCCUUCCCCAGCCUGCCCAGUAGAACCAGCAGCUCCACCAGUUGUCCGUCCUCCGCCCACAGAGACUCCGGCAGCGACGUGGACAGCCUGCUGAACGUGGAGCCGGGAUAUGACAACGUCUUCAGAAAGGGCGAGGAGCCGGCGGUAGCGGGCGACAGCACCAGCGAGGUCUCUGUGUCCUGCUCCUCCACAGACGACACCACCAGCGUGGGCCCGUCCAGCUCCAGCCCGGACGGCAGCCAGGGCCUGGGCUGCAGCUGGAGCCCGGAGGAGGCGGUGCAGGGCGUGGCUGCGGCCCCCGGGGGCCUCGGUGGCCUCGGUGGCCUCGGCACUAGCUGCAGCAGCGAGGGAGCAGCGGGAGACGCCGAGGAGGAAGCCAAGGACCGGGUCAGCGAGGUGCCGCGGCGCUCCUGCCUCUUCAGGAACAGCAUCCGCUCACUGUCGCCGCUCCGCCGACACAGCUGGGGGCCGGGCAAGAACCACGGCGGAGAGGGAGAGAUGAACCAGAGGAGUUCCGCUCGUUGUCCUGGCCAGAGAAAGCCGGCCUUCCACCGGAGAAGUUACAGUCUGGAGGGGCUGACGGGCGUCCAGGAGGAGCUGAGGGCCUCCACGACUCAAGGGCCCCGCGUCCUGGAGCCGUCCAGGAUGCCCCGGCAGGACAGCGACGAGCGGGGCUCGCUGGUGUCUCUGACGGAGGAGCAGGAGGAGCUGGAGGACAGCAGACUCCACGACCCGAAGUUACGGCGGUACCGGCCGCUCCGGUCCAACGGCUCGGCCAUGACGCUGCCCCUCACCAAGUCCGUGUCCAUGCUCGCCAUCAGCCACAAAGACAUCGACGCGGUGGGACGCCUGAGACGGCAGAGGAGAAUCUCCUUCUCUUUCAACCUUUCCCCCAUUCUCACCAAAUCUAAGUCUCAGUUCGUUUACGCGGACUCUUCCUCGAGCGAUGACGAGGAUAACGCCAGCAUGAGGUCGUUCUGCAGCACGUCCGGCUCCCUCGCCUACAGCAUCUCGGAGGAGGAGCCCGGGCCUCUGCGGAGCGACACUGAGGGGAAGAGCGUGACCAAAGUCAGCCGGACCUUCAGCUACCUCAAGAACAAGAUGUAUAAAAAGACCAGGGAAAAGGAGCGAGACAAAAAGGAGAAGGACAAAGACGGCAAGGAGAAGGACAAAAAGACUGUGAACGGGCACGUCUUCACCGCCGUCGGCUCCAGCCAGGGAUCCCAGUGCUCCCACUGCAAUAAGGCUUUUAACAGCAAGGACGCUUUCAUCUGCACGUACUGUAACGCCUCCGUCCACAAGGGCUGCAGGGACGGCCUGCCGGCCUGCGCCAAGGUGAAGAUGAAGCUGCCCAAACAGCAGGUCUCGGCGCCGGACGCCGGCUCUCUCCCCGCAGUCACGCUGAGGAACAAGUCCGGCGGGACCCGAGACCGGCCCUGGUCCGCCAUCCUGUCCCCAGAAGAUCCUUCCACGCUCACGAUCCCGUCGUCCCGGAGACACACCAGCAUCAUGCCCUUCCACGGAAACAACCUCUCCAAGAGCCUGUCCAUCAGCAACAUAGCAGGUCCGGUGUUUGACGAGAUCCCCAUCAAGGGCCUGCGGUAUCUGUCCCAGUCCACCGACUCCCUGAACAGAAACAACCAGGUCACCGAGUCCAUGGAGUCGCUCACCGAUGAAGGGACGGAGAUGAUGGACGGGCAGCUGAUGGGGGAGUUCGAGGCCGAAGCCAAAGAGCUGGAGGCGGAUUCGUGGAGUCUGUGUGUGGAGCAGCAGCACAUGCAGCACCUGGACAAGGAGCUGGUGAAGAGGCAGGACGUCAUCUACGAGCUGAUGCAGACGGAGAUGCAUCACAUCCGGACGCUGCGCAUCAUGUCGGAGGUUUACAGCAAAGGCCUGCAGAAGGAGGUGCAGCUGGAGCUGCAGACGGUGGAGAAGCUGUUCCCGGCGCUGGACGAGCUGCUGGAGCUGCACACGCAGCAUCUCCUGCGCCUGCUGGAGCGCAAGAAGGAGUGCCAGCUGGAGGGGCCGGGGUCGGAGGGGAGUUUCAUCAUCAACAGGAUAGGAGACAUCCUGGCCAGCCAGUUCUCAGGGUCCAACGGUGAAAGCAUGAAGAAGGUUUAUGGAAAAUUCUGUAGCCGCCACAAUGAAGCUGUGAACUUUUACAAGGACCUCCUGACCAAAGACAGACGCUUCAAAGCUUUCAUCAAAAAAAAGAUGAGCAGCAGCAUUGUGCGGAGGCUUGGUAUCCCAGAAUGCAUUUUGCUGGUGACCCAGAGGAUAACGAAGUACCCGGUGCUGAUCCAGAGGAUGCUGCAGCACACGAGAGAGAGCGAGGACGACUACGAGGACCUGACGGACGCCGUGCGGCUGGUGAAGGAGGUGAUCGCCGCCGUGGACAGCAAGGUGAACGACCACGACAAGCGGCGGCGGCUGAAGGAGUUCCACUGCCGCACGGACAGCAAGUCCAUCAUGAUGAUGAAGAGCGGGCAGAUCUUCGCCCGGGAGGACCUGCUGAGGCGGAGGCUGAUCCACGACGGAGCGCUGCAGCUCAAGAACAUCCAGGGCCGGCUGAAGGACGUCCACGCUCUGCUCCUGUCGGACGUCCUGGUGUUUCUCCAAGAGAAGGACCAGAAAUACGUCUUCGCCAUGCUGGACCAGCGCUCCACCGUCAUCUCCCUGCAGAAGCUGAUCGUCAGGGAAGUGGCCAACAAGGAGCGCGGCCUGUUCCUGAUCACGGCGGGGAUCGAGCGGCCGGAGAUGAUGGAGGUGCUGGCCAGCUCCAAGGAGGAGCGCAACAGCUGGAUGACGCUGAUCCAGGGAGCCAUGCAGUCCAUGGACAAGGAUGAGGAUGAAGGGAUUCCCAGUGAGACGGAAGACGACAAGAGGCAGUUGGAGAGCAAAGCCAGAGAGAUGAGAGAUAUGUUGAGGCAGAAGGACACGGAGAUCAUGUCCCUGCUGGAGGAGAAGGUCCGGCUCUUCCGGGGGAUGUGGGAAGGCCUGAGCCCGGGCGAGGAAUCCUCCCGACAGGUGGAGCCGUUCUUCAGGUCGGCCUGCAGCGCGGAGCCGCCGCGGGGCGCGAACAUCAUGAAGGACGCCCUGCAGGAAGUGGAGACGCUGCAGGCGCUGGUGAACGGCAGCCUGGGCGGAGCCAUGGCCGGCGUCCACGAGGCCGCAGGAGCCGGGCCGGUGUGUCUGCCGCGCCGGGCCGAGACCUUCGGAGGCUUCGACAGAUGCACAGCAGUAAAAAGCGGAGACCGAGAUGAGAGCGAGGACGCGGCGGGAGAUUUGCGCAGGACGGAGUCUGACAGCGUUCUGAAGAAGGGAGGAAACGCCAACCUGCUGCAGCUGCUCAAGAGGAACAGUGAGCAGGUUCUCCACAGCGUCUCCAACCUGCACCUCCUGCUCAGCACGCUGCAGGCGGUGGUGGUGCAGCAGGACAGCUACAUCGUGGAGCAGCGGCAGGUCCUGAGCGAGCGCUCGUCCUCCUGCUCGUCCCUGUCGCGGCAGGCGUCGCGGCCCAGCUCCCUGGUCGAGCAGGAGAAGCAGCGCAGCCUGGAGAAGCAGCGGCAGGAGCUGGCGGCGCUGCAGAGGCAGCAGGCGGCUCACGCCGACGAGAAGAAGAAGAGGGAGAGGGAGUGGACGCUCAGGGAACAGCAGCUCACGCAGAGAGAGACGCUGCUGCAGAUGCAGGAGGAUGGGGUGCAGAAGCUGCAGAAGGUUCUGGACGAGGAGAAGCAGCAGCUUCACUGCAGGAAGGACGAGUACCAGAAGGACCUGGAGCGGCUGAGAGACGCCCAGAGGAAGCUGGAGAGAGACAAGGACGCCGUGAGGCGGCAGUUCGACAAGAUGGAGGAGCUCCGCCUGUCCGAGAGGACGCCGUCCACCACGUCGGACGAGUUCCUGGGCAGCUCUCAGUCCCUGGAGCUGGACCCGCUGGAGCUGUCGUCGUCGUCCUCGUCCUCGCUGCCGCGGCUGCAGCCGCAGCGCUCCAAGACCAAAGGGAAAGGCCUCAACCCCUUCACGUCCUCCUCCAGCAACCUGAAGGGCGGCGAAGCCAACAACCAGACCUCAAAGAGCUUCCUGCAGCUGGGCAAGAACAAGAGCAAAGAAGGGAAGGAGAAGAAGAAGAAGAAGAGCAAAGGGGGGAGCCCGCAGACGACAGACCCCCAGCAGGUCUCCGAGCCCCCCCUGGACGGAGAGAUCUUCUUCUGCUGAGCGGCGGCUCCGGCGUCGGACCCUCCACUUCCUUCCCCCCCCAGAGGAACGCCGCGCCGCCGCCGCGCCGCCAGGGGGCCGGUGUUUCCCUCCACGUACGGAGCAGAGCCGCCUGCAGUACCGGGACUCACCACCAGCUCCAGUUC